AUGGAACCAUUAGCUAAGGUUCAAGAGGCCACUAAGGCCGCAAUAGAAAGAGCUUUUACAAAUUUUAAAAAGUGUCCAAAAGACAGGUUAAGUCAAGCUUAUCUUGAAACUAGGUUGGAGACAUUAGAACAGCACUGGGCAGUCUUUUUUAAAACUCAACAAGAUAUUGUCAGUACCAUUGACGAGGAUGAACUGCAAGAGUCUGAUUAUUAUAAAGACAAUGUGUUUGACGAGGUAGAGGAAUUGUACAUGGACUACAAGUCACAUAUUAAGGAGAAAUUAAAUAUGUUAGUUUCAUUGCCUACUUUCAAAUCACACAAAGAAUCAGCUCCACAGUCAACGCAGUUCAAAUUACCUGAAAUAAAAAUACCUACAUUUUCAGAAGCAUGCCCUGUAGAUUUGUUAGGGUUAACAAUAGGAGACCUUGCUGAUCCGGAAUAUUAUAAGCCAAAUAAAAUUGACGUCCUGCUAGGUGCUGAAGUGUACAGUCAAGUAGUUCGAGCAGGUAUUGAACGCAGUGCAUCUAGCCGGGUGUUAGCACAAGAAACGACUUUUGGCUGGAUACUGUCUGGACUCGUUGAAGCAGAUUUCCAUUCAUUUACUAACACUACAGUUAUGCAUGUAAGUAUGGAGAAUGAUGACAUGUUGAAGAAAUUCUGGGAGCUUGAAGGAGAACCCUGUGUGGCCAAAAAGAUGUUGACUGAAGAAGAGGUAAAAUGCGAACAGUUAUUCGUAGCCACCACACGACGUGAUGAAAGUGGUCGUUAUGUAGUCAGACUGCCGUUCAAGGAUGAUAUUCGAAGCUGUGCAGAAGGUGGAUCUAAACAAAUAGCUGAAAAGAGAUUUAAGGGUUUGGAAGCUAAACUGUUAAAGAACAUAAAAUUGAAAAUUGACUAUAGUCAAGUGAUACAUGAAUAUACAGAAUUGAACCACAUGGUAAAAGUGACGAAGCAGGAAGUUAAUAAAAAAGGUUUAUACUUACCCCAUCAUGCUGUAAUCCGCGAAGACAGAGCAACGACAAAGGUUCGUGUCGUAUUCGAUGCAUCCUGCAAAGGUAGUAAUGGAAUAUCUUUGAAUGAUAACUUGAUGGUAGGGCCUACCUUGCAAGCGGAUCUUCGACACAUCAUUAUGCGUUGGAGAAAACAUCUCAUCUGCAUAGUAGCUGAUAUUGUAAAGAUGUAUCGACAGGUGCUUGUAGACAGAGAAGAUACGUCUUUUCAACGUAUACUGUGGAGAGAUAAUCCUGAAAAGGAAAUCGAAGAGCACGAACUCCUAACGGUUACAUUUGGAACCGCUUGCGCGCCAUUUUUAGCAGUUCGCGCGUUGCAGCAAGUAGCGUACGAUGAAGCUCAGGAAUCUCCAAGGAUAAAGGAAAUCAUUCUGAAUGAUUUCUAUAUGGAUGACCUCAUGACAGGAACUGAAAAUGUAGAUGAUGGUUAUUCUAUUUACAGCGAAAUAAAAGCUACAUUAGCGAAGGGUGGCUUUCAGUUACAAAAAUGGAUAAGUAAUAGUAUGGAAUUACUACAUAAAAUAAAGGAAGAUGUGAGAGAUAAAGAUGAAGGUAUCAAGAUAGAAAUGGAUGCAAAUAUAACAAAAAUCUUGGGACUUACCUGGGAUCCACGUACUGAUUCCUUUCAGUACUCGGUUGAUCUUCCUGCUCUAAUAGAACCUGUAACAAAAAGAAGAGUUUUGUCUGAUAUAAGUAGACUAUUUGAUCCGCUAGGCUGGCUGGCUCCAAGCAUCAUUAUAGCAAAAACGGUGAUUCAACAACUAUGGUUGGCUGGUAUCGUCUGGGAUGAAGAGCUGCCAAGCGAAUUAUUAAGCAAAUGGUGUACUUACCGUGAUAUUUUGAAUGCAUUGAAGAAUGUGAGAAUCCCGCGCUGGUUACACACAAAAACUUCUGAUAAACAAGUCCAAUUCAAUGGUUUUUCGAAUGCGUCAAAAAACAACUUAUGCAGCUGUAAUGUAUAUUAG